AAAAUCCACCACCAACAUUGAUUCUUUUGAUCGGAAACGCGUGUUCGACCUUUUUUUAAAAAAAAAAAUUCCCGAGAAAACCGGAUUUCGAAAUCGGCGACGAGAUGAAACCAUCGCAGGACUCGUUGGAUGACUGGAGAGACUAUUUCCGGCGAGGGGAUUCUGAUAUUUUCGGGAUCAUCAAUCACGCCAUCAUCCUCGCCGCCGCUGAUUUCCCAGACGAGUUCAAAUCCAGGAGAGACGGAAUCGCCCAGCUUCUAUUCUCUCGUAAUGCGAGCCGCAGCUGCAUCAGAUGUGGCCGCGAGGAUAACAAUGAGACGGUUGGAGGCUCCGGCGAUAGGGAUGAUUCUGGUGGAGUCGGCGGUGACGAAGGAGAUGAGAAGAAAGUGAACGAUAACGAGAUUGUUGUUGAUGAGGUCGUGAGGAUCAGAGAUAUCUUGUUGAGUAAAGAUGAUGAGUCAAACUCUGUGUUAUUCCAUUCCCUGAGGAAGCUUGAGUCCAUGUCUCUGAGUGUGGACCUUCUCAAGGAUACUGAAAUUGGAAAGGCUGUUAAUGGCUUGCGGAGACAUGGUUCUGAUAAGAUUCGGGAACUUGCAAAGGCUCUCUUCGCAGAGUGGAAAGAGCUGGUGGACCAAUGGAUGAACAGCACGAAUGAAAUUGCUGGUGAUGAAGGGACGCCAGAGUCUGCAAAUUAUUCGGUAGUUGAUGAAGCAGAAGCCUUUCCUUCUCCUCCGCAUGAUUUAGAUUUUUUGGCUCCUGAGCCUACUGGUUUUGAACUCUCUCAGAUCUUAGAUGGCUUGGACUGCGAUGGAAAUCCUCGUCACAGUGUGGAGCCUAAAAGAAAAUCGAUGAGGAGACCCGAGGGUACACGUGAACCUAAUUUGGUUGGGAGGUACAAUAAGAAUCAACAGACAAGGAGAGAAGAAGUUGAUGCUAGACCUAUGAAGCACUCAGCCACCGUCUUCGACGAGCCUAGAAGACAACCAAAGCAAACUAGAGAACAAAUGGUACAUCCAAUCCAAAGAAAACCGAUUGUUAUUCCUGAGCAGAAGCGGAACUCUCAACAAGAUAAACUCAAAGCUAUGGAUCCUGACGCAAAGUUUGAGUUCGCAAAGCGGAAACUCCAAGAGAGCUACCAACAACAUGAUAAGGCCAAGAGACAGAGGACAAUACAAGUACUUGAAACGAUUCCAAAGCAGGGUAAAGUCCAGAAACCGCAAUUCAAGAGACCCAUGCGAAGGUAGUUCCAUUUUCCUUCGGGUGAUCUAAUUAUAUACAGUUACUAUGAUGACCAGUCAGAGCUUAUUGUAGAAAACAAAAGUGCGUUUGACAGAUCCAACAUAACCUCUUAGGACGCAUAUAGCUAGGGGACAUAUCUUCUGUUUCUUUUUUU